AUGGCCGACGCCACCUCCACCACCAGCCCCCCGGCGAAGCCGGCCGAGUCCGCCACCCCCCUCUCCAACCUCCACCAACCACAGCGCUUCAUCACCACGCACAACGACUCGGGCAAAGCCAUCGUGCACUCGCACAGCCCCUUCAUGUGGUCGGCCUACGACGACCGCAACCUGGCCUUCGCGGUGCCCUACACGACGUCGACCUUCCCGCCCGACCUCAACAACGACGCGGACAUCGCGGCGCACGAGGGGGUGACGGCGUCGGGCAAGCUGGGGCUGGUCAACCCACACGGCACGGUGCUGCGGUGCGUGGACUUUGCGCCCGGGUACGCGUGCGGCAUGCACCGCACGCAGAGCCUCGACUACGGCAUCGUCAUGGAGGGCACCGUCGACAUGGUGCUCGACAGCGGCGAGUGCCACACCCUCCGCCGCGGCGACGUCGCCGUCCAGCGCGCCACCCAGCACCAGUGGGUCAACCGCAGCGAGACGGAGUGGGUGCGCAUGAUGUUUGUGCUGCAGGAUUGUAAGCGCUUGGUGGUGGCCGGCGAGGAGAUGGGCGAGGAUCUGGGGGAGAAUAGUGGCCUGCCGCCGAGUGGGAAUUCGGGGGCGUGA